UAUAAAUGUUGAUCGAAGAGGUAUAAGGCUGUUGACGGGAAUCGGUUCAAAAAAUCCUGAUGUUGGUACCUUUUUUGACUUUAGCCGUUGUAUUCUGUGUACUUUUGAAUGUUUAUGAAUGCACGCAGGUAGACAACGAACUGGAACUUAUUUUUAAGCAGAGGUCUCAUUCAGAUUGGAGAGAAGCUUGGCACAGGGAAAAAUAUGUACGAUGUAGGGAGACACUAAUAAAACACCUAUUUUGGGCAUGUGAAAAUGAUAUUUAUCGAAUCAACAGAAGAAAACCAGCCAAAAGAUCCGACAAUAUUUUCGAUGAGGACGUGAAAUAUCCUUGGAUUCCAGAAAAAAAGGCAAAAAUCUUUUUGCGUUCCCGACGAGGCAUGAACAGAAGAACAGGCUCCAUAACUUCAGAAUGUUGCAAAUCUUCAGGGUGUACUUGGGAAGAAUAUGCGGAAUAUUGUCCCACUAAUAAACGUUAUACAUCUUAUGUUUAACUCAACAUUCACUGAUUACUUUAUCCACUAUGGGAAGUAUUCGAAUUACAACCAAAAUGUUGAGACUAUUUGUGUUAUACUCAAUGAAAUUUGUUCAUUUUUAAUGAAGAAUUUUAUUAUGAAUAUAUUAUUUUUUUUAUCUGUUUCGCCUUCAUAUUUUAUAUCGAUACUCUUUCAACUCUAAUUUUAACUCAAAUACGUAAUAUCAAAGACUGGUGCUCUAUGGAAUUUUAUAAUAAAUAGAGAAUAUCGAAUACUUUCCAUUUCUUUGAUGAAAUCAAAUACUCAUAAAUUACUGGAUGAUCUGUUGAAGUAAAUAGUAAACAUAGCAUUGAAACAUGUUUUUUGUGUAAUAUGACAUCAACAUAGUUAAUAAUUGUAAAUAUUUCAGCCUGAUAAAAGAUAUAAAAUUAUCUUUCGACAUUGAGAGAAAUAUUUCAUUAAAAAUAUCAAGAAA